GUGUGCAUUACAGUUUGCUUUGUUUUUUGAAAGUUAGAAUAAUUUCGACCGGUUAAGAGAAAAACCGGGAAGAACCAAAGUCGAUGCAGGAGUCCGUACCAACGGUUUAUUUAUUUUGCAAACGGUUAUAUUUCAGUUACUCCAAUCUUGACGCAUCUCUCUUCUUCUUCGCUCUUUCUUUCUUUCUUUGGUUCUUUCUUGAUAAGUUUUUGAUGGAUCCUCUAAACUUUGAGACCGAUCUACAGUCACUGAGAAGAUUAUACGGUCUUCUCCACUCAAAUGUAAACAACGAAUCCAUACCCCAAGCAUUUCUGUUAGAUGAGAAUACUCAGUUUCUACUAAAGCGUCUGCUUGAUUCUGCGACAGAGGAACUCUUAGCUAGACAAACCAAGAUACUUGCACAAGUACAGUUAGGUUUGCCAACACCGAGUAGAAACAUAGUCUCAAGGGGUGUCAUCAAGUUUCCUAGUAAAGUUGGUUUAACAGAGGAAGUGGUUGACUCAAUAGAACGUAUCGAGACACAGCUUUCUGCUUUUAGUUUUUGUUCUCGUCGUGAUGAUAGAGCAAAGACAUGCAGCAAGCAACGUAGCAUGCAAGAUAACUCAUCUUCUGGAAUGUAUUUUCAACGGUUAAGUGACAAAGCAUUGAUGGAACCAAGACAAAGCUACCAAGCUUCUGUGUCUGGUUUAAGGAGAAGUCACAAGCCACCGAGUCAAACAACAAGAACCUCUAAUAUAGCACCUUACCUAAGAAGUGUGAAUAAUAACGCUGCUGCUUGUGAUGAUCGAACUUUGUAUCUUGACUCGCAAGGAAGCAGUUCUCCUGAUGAUCAAGUUGAUUUAGUUAGGUCACGUAAGCCGUUACCGCCUCAUCCUAAGCCACGAGAGAGUACCAGGAGACCAACUUUGUUGGAUCAAGAAACCGAGACAUGGGAUGAAGAGAGUGGUAACACACGGUGUGGAACAAGCUCACAAGUUUCUACAGAUCAAGAAUCAGAAUUAGAAGAGUCUAGAGACACAGGUUCAACCACUGGCUCAAGCUGGCAAACUCAUGGUGAGAGCAUCACCGAGUCAGAAGAAGACUCAUCUUAUACAACAUCAGAGAGUGAUGAUAACAACUCUCAAGUCAGUGACUCUCCUCCACACAAAAGCAGACCUGAAAAACAGAGGAAAAAGUUUAAAGGGAGGCUUAAAAGAUUCAAGGAGAAGUUAGGUAAAGUGUUUCACCAUCACCACUACCACCACCACCACCACCAUGAGAGUAAAGAGCAAAGCCACAAGCCAUCAGCUUGGAAGCAUUUAGUGAAGAAACAUCUUCAGAAAGACAAAGAGAAGUUAGUUGAGAGGCGGAUGAAGUCAGAAUCCAAAGGUCUGGUGACUAAACAUAAGAACAAAGGUGGACAGUUUCAUGUGUUAGUGGAAGGGUUGAUGAGACAUCGUAGAAGACACUCGAAGAUGAAAAAGCAGAGCCAUGGCAGGAAGAUUAAGUGGUGGCAAACACGUAAGCGUCAAGGUGGUAUCAAGUUUCCUAAUGGAAGGAGGGUUAAGUUAGGGAAGACAAAUUAUUUGUGUAAUAAGGAUCAAGAAAAUGAUGAAAACUAG